GUACUCUCGCCGAAGUGUCUCCGAAAUGCUUUUGGUCCAUGAACAAUUGGGGCAACUGGCAAUGGGGAGAAGACAUGUGGCUGGACCAAUGUUUCUUGACGGUGGGUCACGCCAAACGCAUCUAUGUACCGAAGAUGCUGGCGGAAGAUCACUGCAACAACUGGCCUGGAUGGAGGUCCUGCGAGGCAGAGGAUAUCGUGGCCUUCCACCCCUUCAAAAAU